CGCAAAUGGGCCCAAUUAACUAGCCCAUGCACUUUAGUGGCGAGAAAUUCUUAGUCAAACUUUGGGAAAGCUUCGACCGUUCCUUUCACCAAUCGUUCAGUCUUUCACGCCUUUUAAUUGCAUUCAUCAAUUCCCAACUAUCUCUUCCCCACUGACUAUAAAAUGGGAAAGGGCAAUUAGUGGCCCGUCCAUCACUUUCUGACUUCUUCACCAUGGCAAGCAAGUCUGAGGGCAAAGUCAUCAUCGACUUAACCCUCUCUGGGACGUCUUCUUCUUCAGAUAGUGACCUCCCCAUCUCCCCAGCCCAGUCCAACGACAUGGCUGGGUUGAGUCCCGGCGAGUUCUCGAGGCUUUAUCCGGCGCCCCGCCUUCCUGCACCUUCUCCUCCCAGUCCACCCAGGCUUCCCUCCGGGGAAAUAGACUGGGACUCCAUGACUCUUCAAGACUUCGCCUUGUACCAGAGGAUGUGCAGGACUAAACUUGGACGCUCUGUACUAGCUAUUGAAGCGGAACCUUCAUGUGAAAGCCGGACUGCUCCUCCAAACCUGCAGAAGCCUUCCAUCAAUGGUUCUUCA